AGCAUUAUGGAUUUUUCCUUCUUAUUCUUUAUAAGUGUGGUUGUUUUCAUACUGGAACAACAAGGGUCCCAUGCAAACAGAAGUCCAUCUGUGAAUGCUACUCCACAAAUUCACCGUCGUGAACGACGCUGCUCCUGUGAAAACCUGAAGGACAAAGAAUGUGUGUACUUUUGCCACAUAGGAAUCGUAUGGGUCGAUACACCCAGUCAGGUCAUUCCCUAUGGCGUGGGCUCACUCCAAAUGCGUCUAAGACGAGGUGUGGAGCGAUGCCAUUGCGCAGACAAGAGAGAUACAAAGUGUUUGCGGUUUUGCUCUUACUUGGAUCUCCAGCAAGAAGAUGAAAAUGCCUCAGUCAAAAGGUACCAUCCCAGAAACUACAAAGAACAAUACAAGUCUAGAUUGCCCCAGAGACCGAGGCGGCACAAUCCAAUACAAACAACCUGAGAGAAAUGGAAAAAAAGCUACGUAGUAACUUCGUAAUUGUAAUAAUAGUAUAUUAUUACUAUUUGGGCAGCAAGUCUGGCCAUGUGUCUGAAUAUGUGAGCUGUGACUUGUUUACGUAGUACACUAUUAGACACUAUCAUUUCUAUUACUUUGGCUUGUCAUGAAAUGCUAGCAUCUCAAUAGUGACAGUACAUGAAGCAAAUAGGAGUGAUACUGUAUAUUAUUUAACUGUCAGUAUUUUGUAGAAUACUGUAAAACUGUAUUGCUUCUUAUUGACGUGUAAUAUAUAUUGUUUGAUGUUUCCAAUUUUGCGUAUAGUGAGUACAUUUGGAUAUUUAUUGAGAACAAUAGCGGCUUAUGGG